AUGGAAAAUUUCCAUUCGUUUCGAUCAAAAUGUCGUGAAAAUCAACGAAAUCGAGUCUGGUUUGUUAAGGUAUGGCGCCAUGGUGAUCGCGCACCAGAGCAAACUUAUCCAACUGAUAAGCAUCAGGAGAAUGCAUGGCCCAAUGGAUUCGGUGAAUUGACCGAGAUUGGUAUGAGACAGCAGUAUUCUUUGGGCCGUCUUAUUCGAGAGCGAUACAUCGACAGUGUACAGCAUCCAUUGUUAUCUCCAACUUAUGAAGCAGAAGAAAUAUAUGUUCGUAGUACAGACGUUAAUCGAACUUUGGUGAGUGCGAUGGCUAAUCUGGCUGGAAUGUACCCUAACGGUAUUAUCGGAGAAGACUAUCCAGAUGCGGCAAAAGGUGACUGGCCAGCUCACUGGACUCCAAUACCUGUGCAUACCGUCAAAUACGAAACAGACCACAUCGGUAACGCAUUCGCAAAAUGUGAGCGUGCAUCACAACUGGGAAAACAAAUUCGUUCAAGUAAAUUGUUCCAAAAAUAUGCGACGGAUAAUGAGGUUAGUGGUGAUUGUUUGAUCUACUGUAGAUUUCUUGGUAUGAACCGAUGCAAGCAUUCAAUUGCUGGGUAUCGAACGUCUUCUCGCUUGCAGAAACAGUACAAUUUGUCACAACCGGAAUGGUUAACGGAUGAAGUUGCCGCAAAGAUAUUGAAUCUUACCGAAGUUUCUUAUAAAUCCGUGUACGGAUUAUUGGAACCGCGUGUGCCAGAAAUGAUCAAAUUACGUGGAGGUUCUCUGCUGAAAGCGAUUGUGGAGAAAAUGAAUGAAAAAAUUCGAUGCGCCGCAGCGGAUCACCAGGUUGACCCAAGCUGUGAUUGGAUGCGACCGCUGAAGUAUUACGCUUAUUCAGCUCAUGAUACAACGGUGUCAGCGUUGCUAGCCACUCUUGGCAACGAGGAAGAAGUGCUGAAAGGUAAAAUGCCCAAAUACACGGCUUCUGUGGCUAUCGAACUUUGGAUGACUGACACUGGACCAGCUGUGAAGAUCCUCUUUCGUUGUGCUUAUCGUCUCAAAUUCCAUCCAAUCACUUCAUUAACGCCCGGCUGUCCAACAGAUAGCGAAUUUUGCCCGAUAUCACGCUUCGAAAAACGCUCAAAGGAGUUCAUGCCCGUCGAUAUCGUUGCCGAAUGCAAACCGAAGUCUUAG